GCACACUUUACUCUUUCUUCUCCACACACUCUUUCUCUCUCUAGAACACCUAAAGCCCUGCCCCCUGUUCUCUUGUCUUGACUUGCCCUGCACUGCCCUUCUCCUCCCUCUUCCUUCCCCGCACUUCCUCACAUUUCACUAACCCCUGUUGUCAAAUUAGUGCUAGCAACUCGUCCCUCUUUACCUCAACUCUCCAUCUCCGCAGUCAAUUUUCCACCCCCUUCCCCCUAGAUGUUGUGGUGGAGAGAGGAGACUGGGCAAAAACCCUAGCUUUCUUCUUGUUGAUAUGGUGACGACCGACAUUCCUUGCAAGUACUGUAUACUUUUUCCUCAAAUCCUAAGAGAAAUGCCCCAAUUUCCGCAGAACUAGUUGCGGCUGUAGUCGAGAGGCAGAGGAGAAAUGGAAGAGGAGCGUCGUUUGAUCCUGGCAUGCUUAAUAUCUGGGACGCUUUUCACUGUUUUGGGUACAGCUUCUUUUGUGAUACUCUGGUUGGUGAAUUGGCGUCCUUGGCGCAUUUACAGUUGGAUAUUUGCUAGAAAAUGGCCCGAUUUCUUGCAAGGAACUCAGCUGGGAAUAUUAUCUUAUCUUCUUUCCCUCUGUGCUUGGAUGAUUGUUGUCUCUCCUGUUGUGGUGCUUAGCGUAUGGGGCUGUUGGUUGAUACUGAUUUUAGGCCGAGACAUAAUUGGUCUGGCUGUUAUAAUGGCUGGAGUUGCGUUACUUUUGGCAUUCUAUUCAGUAAUGCUCUGGUGGAGAACACAAUGGCAAAGCUCAAGAGCCGUUGCAGUUCUUCUUCUUCUAGCUGUUGGGUUACUUUGUGCAUAUGAACUUUGUGCUGUAUAUGUUACUGCGGGUGCCAAGGCAUCACAGCAGUAUUCACCUUCUGGAUUUUUCUUUGGUGUGUCUGCAAUUGCCCUAGCUAUCAACAUGCUCUUCAUUUGUAGGAUGGUAUUCAAUGGCAAUGGUGUUGACAUUGAUGAAUAUGUGAGAAGGGCAUACAAGUUUGCUUACUCUGACUGUAUUGAAGCGGGUCCUGUGGCUUGCUUACCAGAACCACCAGAUCCGAAUGAGUUGUACCCUCAACAAUCUAGAAGGGCUGUACAUCUUGGGCUUCUCUAUUUUGGUUCUCUUCUUGUUCUGCUUGUAUAUUCAAUCUUGUAUGGCCUGACAGCAAAAGAAUCACAUUGGCUUGGAGCAAUUACAUCAGCUGCAAUAAUUAUUCUUGACUGGAAUGUUGGAACGUGCCUCUAUGGGUUUAAGCUUCUGAAAAGUCGUGUUACUGCACUGGUUGUUGCUGGGGCUUGUCGUGUCUUCCUGAUAUGUUUUGGGGUUCAUUUCUGGUACCUGGGUCACUGCAUCUGCUAUGCUCUUGUGGCAUCUGUGUUGCUUGGAGCUGCUGUUUCUCGUCAUUUGUCUGUCACUAAUGCUUCAGCUGCAAGAAGAGAUGCCUUGGAGAGUACUGUAAUUCGUCUUAGAGAAGGAUUCCGUAAAAAAGAGCAAAACAGUUCAUCCAGCUCAUCUGAAGGCUGUGGCUCAAGUGUAAAACGGAGCAGCAGUGCAGAUGCUGCGAACCUUGGUAAUGGUACUGCACCUUGCAUGGGCGAUCUUACCAGCUGGAAUAACAUGGAAGGGGUUCAUAGUGAGAAGGGAAUGGAUAGUGGAAGGCCAAGUUUUGUAUUGCAUAGCAGUUCUUGUCGCUCUGUGGUCCAAGAAACUGAUGCUGGGCCUUCAUACAUUGAUAAAAGUUUUGAACACAACAACUCUUUGAUAGCUUGUUCUAGUAGUGGCAUGGAAAGCCAAGGGUGUGAAUCUAGUGCAUCUAAUUCUAUAAGUCAACCAUUGGACUUGAAUUUGGCCCUUGCAUUUCAAGAGAAGUUAAGUGAUCCAAGGAUUACAUCCAUGUUAAAAAGAAGAGCAAGACAUGGGGAGCUUGAACUGACAAAUUUACUGGAAGAUAAAGGACUGGAUCCAAAUUUUGCUGUGAUGUUGAAGGAGAAUGGAUUAGAUCCUAUGAUCCUUGCAUUAUUGCAAAGAAGUAGUUUGGAUGCAGAUAGAGAUCAUCGUGACAACACCAACUUGAACAUCAUAGACUCAAAUAGUGGUGACAAUAUGCCACCUAAUCAAAUUUCAUUUUCAGAAGAACUAAGGCGUCGCGGUUUGGAGAAAUGGUUACAACUGUGUAGACUAGUCUUGCACUAUAUAGCUGGUACUCCAGAGCGGUCAUGGCUUCUUUUCAGUUUUGUCUUUAGCUUGGAGACCACCAUUGUGGCCAUUUUUCGUCCAGAUGCAAUUAAUCUUAUAAAUGGCACACAUCAACAGUUUGAAUUUGGAAUAGCGGUGCUGUUAUUGUCACCUGUUGUCUGGUCAAUCAUGGCUUUCCUUAGGUCCCUUCAGUCUGAAGAAUUGUCUAUGACUUCAAAACCUAGGAAGUAUGGCUUUGUUGCUUGGUUAGUGAGCACUUCUGUCGGAUUGUUGCUCUCCUUUUUGAGCAAGUCGUCUGUUCUUCUGGGUUUGUCUUUGACAGUACCUCUUAUGGUGGCAUGCCUUUCUGUUGGCAUUCCUAUGUGGAUUCACAAUGGUUACAAGUUUUGGGCUUCAGAUAGUGGUAAUACUCGGCAGGCUGGAAACCUUGUUACUGUAAGGAAGGAGGGGGCUGUUCUUAUCAUAUGUAUAGCCUUAUUUGUUGGUUCUCUAUUGGCUCUUGGUGGAAUCAUAUCUUCAAAACCUCUAGAUGAUUUAAGGUACAGAGGAUGGACUGGGGAUCAGAAAAAUGUUUCAUCUCCCUAUGCAUCAUCUGUAUAUGUUGGUUGGGCAAUGGCUGCUGCAAUUGCACUUGUAGUUACUGGUGUGUUGCCGAUAGUCUCUUGGUUUGGUACUUAUCGGUUUUCUCUCUCAUCUGCUGUUUGUAUUGGAAUUUUUUCAGCCAUCCUUGUGUCAUUUUGCGGGGCAUCAUACAUGAAAGUUGUGAGUUCAAGGCCUGACCAGAUUCCGACAAAGACUGAUUUUCUUGCUGCACUGCUCCCAUUGAUUUGUAUACCUGCAAUAUUGUCCCUAUGCACUGGUUUGCUCAAAUGGAAAGAUGAUAACUGGAAACUUUCUCGGGGUGCUUAUAUAUUUAUUGUUAUUGGUCUUGUUCUGUUGCUGAGUGCAAUAUCAGCAAUUACAGUUAUUAUUGAUCCAUGGACGAUUGGUGCAGCAUUCCUUUUAGUUGUUCUUCUUCUGGUCCUGGCCAUUGGUGUCAUUCAUUAUUGGGCUUCAAACAAUUUUUACUUGACACGGUUUCAGAUGUUAUUUGUAUGCUUCCUUGCAUUUCUUUUGGCUCUAGCGGCAUUCUUUGUUGGCUGGUUUCAAGAUAAAGCUUUUGUUGGUGCUUCUGUUGGCUACUUCUCAUUUCUUUUUCUGUUGGCUGGGAGGGCUCUAACUGUGCUUCUUUCUCCUCCUAUAGUAGUUUAUUCUCCAAGGGUUUUGCCUGUAUACGUUUAUGAUGCUCAUGCAGAUUGUGGAAAAAAUGUCAGUGCUGCAUUUCUUGUGCUUUAUGGGAUUGCAUUGGCAACUGAAGGCUGGGGUGUUGUUGCCAGUUUGAAGAUUUACCCCCCUUUCGCUGGUGCUGCUGUGUCAGCAAUUACACUUGUUGUGUCAUUUGGCUUUGCUGUAUCGCGUUCAUGCUUAACACUAGAGAUGGUAGAAGAUGCUGUGCACUUCCUAAGUAAGGAAACUGUAGUACAGGCAAUUUCCAGAUCUGCGACCAAGACCAGAAAUGCUUUAUCUGGAACAUAUUCUGCUCCUCAAAGGUCUGCCAGCUCAGCUGCACUUCUGGUUGGCGAUCCUACUAUUGCACGGGAUAGAGCAGGGAAUUUUGUGCUCCCCAGGGCUGAUGUCAUGAAAUUAAGAGAUCGUUUGAGAAAUGAAGAACUUGCUGCAGGUUCUUUUUUCUCCAGAUUGAGAUGUUGGAGGAUACUACAUAGUGAAGUUUCUGGUGAUGUAGGUCACAGGAGAGAAAUGUGUGCUCAUGCAAGAAUUCUAGCACUGGAAGAAGCUAUUGAUACUGAAUGGGUUUACAUGUGGGAUAGGUUUGGUGGUUAUUUACUUCUUCUGCUUGGUUUGACGGCUAAGGCUGAAAGGGUGCAGGACGAGGUUCGCUUGAGAUUGUUCUUAGAUAGCAUAGGAUUUUCGGAUCUGAGUGCAAGAAAAAUUAAGAAGUGGAUGCCAGAGGACCGUAGACAAUUUGAGAUCAUUCAAGAGAGUUACAUAAGAGAAAAGGAGAUGGAAGAAGAGGCUUUGAUGCAGAGGCGUGAAGAGGAAGGAAGGGGAAAAGAAAGGAGGAAAGCUCUCCUGGAGAAGGAGGAACGCAAAUGGAAGGAGAUUGAGGCUUCUCUUCUAUCUUCUAUUCCUAAUGCUGGCAGCAGGGAGGCAGCAGCCAUGGCUGCUGCUGUUCGUGCUGUAGGGGGAGAUUCUGUACUGGAUGAUUCAUUUGCACGGGAGAGAGUGUCAAGUAUUGCUCGAAGAAUACGUGCAGCUCAGUUAUCACAACGGGCCUUGCAGACUGGACUUCCUGGGGCUGUAUGUGUUCUUGAUGACGAGCCGACAACGAGUGGCAGACACUGUGGUGAGAUUGAUCUUAGUUUAUGCCAAAGCCAGAGAAUUAGCCUCUCCAUUGCAGUGAUGAUCCAGCCUGAGUCAGGACCAGUGUGUCUCCUGGGCACUGAAUUUCAACGGAAUAUCUGCUGGGAGAUUCUUGUUGCUGGUUCUGAACAAGGUAUUGAAGCUGGGCAAGUUGGCCUCCGCCUAAUUACGAAAGGCGAUAGACAGUCUACUGUUGGAAAGGAGUGGAGUAUAAGUUCGUCUAGUAUUGCAGAUGGAAGGUGGCAUAUUGUCACCAUGACUAUUGAUGCUGAGUUAGGUGAGGCAACUUGUUUUAUAGAUGGUGGCUAUGAUGGUUAUCAAACUGGGCUUCCACUUAAUGUGGGCAAUGGGAUAUGGGAACAAGGAACAGAUGUUUGGAUUGGUGUUAGACCACAGAUGGAUCUGGAUGCAUUUGGGAGGUCAGACAGUGAAGGUUCCGAAUCUAAAAUGCAUGUAAUGGAUGUGUUCCUUUGGGGAAGGUGCUUAAGUGAAGAUGAAAUUGCUGCUCUACCAGCUGCCAUGGGUUUUGGGGAUUACAACUUGAUUGAUCACCCUGAUGAUAACUGGCAAUGGGCAGAUUCUCCUCCAAGGGUUGAAGACUGGGAGAGUGAUCCCGCUGAGGUUGAUCUCUAUGAUAGAGAUGAGGUAGAUUGGGAUGGCCAGUAUUCAAGUGGGAGAAAGAGGAGAUCUGAUCGUGAAGGGGUUAUUUUAGAUGUGGAUUCUUUUGCUAGAAGGCUGCGGAAGGCAAGGGUAGAGAGUCAGGAGGAAAUCAAUCAACGCAUGCGCUCUGUAGAACUUGCUGUUAAAGAAGCUCUCUUGUCAAGAGGAGAACCGCAUUUUACUGAUCAAGAGUUUCCCCCACAUGAUCGUUCAUUAUUUGUUGAUCCAGACAACCCACCAUCUAAGUUACAGGUUGUUUCCCAGUGGAUGAGGCCUAUGGAAAUAGUCAAAGAAAAACAUCUGAAUUUAAGCCCUUGCUUAUUUUCUGGAACAGCAAAUCCUUCUGAUGUUUGCCAGGGCCGUUUGGGGGAUUGCUGGUUUUUGAGUGCGGUUGCUGUGCUGACUGAGGUUUCACGCAUAUCAGAAGUCAUUAUUACUCCAGAAUAUAACGAAGAAGGAAUCUAUACAGUUCGAUUUUGCAUUCAGGGAGAAUGGGUUCCAGUUGUUGUAGAUGAUUGGAUCCCAUGUGAAUCCCCCGGGAGACCUGCAUUUGCCACAAGCAAGAAGGCGAAUGAAUUGUGGGUAUCACUACUGGAAAAAGCAUAUGCUAAGCUUCAUGGAUCAUAUGAAGCAUUAGAAGGUGGGCUUGUUCAAGAUGCUCUUGUGGAUCUGACUGGAGGUGCUGGGGAGGAGAUUGACAUGAGAAGUGCUCAAUCCCAGAUUGACCUUGCAAGUGGAAGACUCUGGUCUCAAAUAUUACGUUUCAAACAAGAGGGCUUUUUGCUUGGUGCUGGAAGCCCUUCAGGUUCGGAUGUCCAUAUUUCCUCUUCUGGUAUUGUGCAAGGGCAUGCAUACUCGAUACUGCAGGUCCGCGAGGUAGAUGGCCACAAACUUGUCCAGAUCCGAAAUCCAUGGGCUAAUGAAGUUGAGUGGAAUGGCCCUUGGUCUGAUUCAUCCCCUGAAUGGACAGACAGGAUGAAGUACAAGCUCAAGCAUACUCCACUGGCCAAAGAUGGCAUAUUUUGGAUGUCUUGGCAAGACUUUCAAAUACAUUUCAGAUCAAUAUAUGUUUGCCGCGUAUACCCUCCAGAGAUGCGUUACUCUGUUCACAGUCAGUGGCGCGGCUACAGUGCUGGUGGCUGUCAAGACUACGAAACUUGGCAUCAAAAUCCACAGUUUAGGUUGCGAGCCACUGGGCCCGAUGCAUCAUUGCCGAUUCACGUCUUCAUUACCUUAACCCAGGGAGUGAGCUUCUCGAGAACAACACCUGGUUUCAGGAACUAUCAAUCGAGCCAUGAUUCAAUGAUGUUCUACAUAGGGAUGAGGAUUCUGAAGACCCGUGGUCGCCGUGCCGCCUACAAUAUUUACAUGCAUGAAUCAGUUGGCGGAACUGAUUAUGUCAAUUCUCGGGAAAUAUCAUGUGAAAUGGCGUUGGAUCCUGACCCAAAGGGGUACACUAUAGUGCCGACCACAAUCCACCCUGGAGAAGAGGCGCCGUUUGUGCUUUCUGUGUUCACCAAGUCGUCCGUAACUCUGGAAGCCUUAUAGCAUUGCAUGUUGAGGAGUUCCAAGAAAGGAAUAAUCUCAGCACACAUUGCUGGAUUGUGCCUUGGCUAGUUGGGAAAGAAAGUCAUGGGUAGAGUGGGACCAGUAAUCAUGGUCACGGUUAUUUGGAUUGAUGCCUGAAGCGAGAGCCCUUUUCUUCCUGGAACUUCCAGUAUUGUUGCCUCUUAAAGAUUCUUGAACUCUCACUUUCCCAGGUGGUUGGUCUUCAUCAUCAUCAUCAUCUGCUCUUCUUCUUUGCCUUGGGUGCCUUCCCUGCUGCUGCUGUUGCUUCCUGGUGGGCUUACUUGAUUGGCGGGCAAGCAUUGGCGUUGGAACUGAAACACACAAGGAGACAGAGACAGGCAAUACUGCUGCCUUCUUGAUUCUUUUAAGGGGUGGGGGUUGUUAGGAUGAUAGCGGCAGGUAAUACUACACCAUCAAGUGUAAGAAACAGGAGAGAGGAUAUAAUUGGCAUGGCUUGUAUAUGAAAAGGGUUUGGUUUGAUCAAUAGAGAUAUUGACAACAUUAAUAGCAGCAGUUUCUAAGGGGGUAGUAGUAGUAGUAGUGUGGUAGAGUAGAAUAGGCAAUUACAGAAUAGGCAGAAUGUGGCAGGCAGGCACAGGCACAGCAAAUUAUAUUAAGAAGAAUGAAGCUGCUGGCUGGCUGCAAUUUUGGAUCAGGAUAGAGGAAAGAGGGUAUUUUUGUUUCCUGGCUUGCAUGGCAUGGCAUGGCAUGGCAUGACUUGUUUCUCUAAUUAAUUGGCUUGGCAGAAUGUCAUGUCACAUUGAUUCUUGCAGUCCUAACUGAUCAAUCAGCCGAACUGAAGUGCACGUUGCAUAAAAAAUUAUAUUAGUUUAUUUAGGUCAUCCCAAAA